AUGGGAAUUCCGUUUCGGUGUAACAACUUCCAGAUGAUGGAAAUACAAGCAAAAUGGAUAGCUUUUGUUCUUUCCAAAAAGGUAAAUUUGCCUUCAAAAGAAGAGAUGCUGGCAGAUGUUGAGGAAUACUACAAGCAAUUAGAAGAGGAUGAAAUUCCCAAGCGCUAUACACAUAGACUUCCCUGGAAUCAGUUUGAGUAUUUGGAUUGGAUUGUUGCUGAAGCAAAACUGCCACCCAUAAGUAAACAAACAAAGGAGAUAACCAGAAGGUUAUUCAGUGUUUUGGAUCCAUGGGUUCGUUACAGAGAGCAUUACUCUGAACUUACAUUGAAAACUCGAAGCAUUGACGACGAUCACUUUGACAUUAACAUUCAGAAACAUAUAAGCCGUUCCUUCCAAUUCAGAAAAUCAUUUAAGAUCUUGGCUUAA